AUGGCUCCUCCCUUGUCCCGCAAGACAUCCAGGAUGCUGACCAUCAACUUGGCUGCCCUGAGGCGAGCUGUGUGGCGACCACCGGGAAAUUGGCUUCGUCCAGUCCAUUCAUGGCGACAUGAGCCAGCUGUGCAAGGCAGGGAGCCUAACCUGGCUCGCUCUCUCACUGGCAACGAGGAGACCAAGGUCGAAUGGGUGAGCUUUGCAGGCCGGACGGUGGCACGCUGCGGGCUGGAAGAGGGAGAUUCUUUGUUGGAAGUAGCUCGUGCAAAGGGAGUCGAGCUCGAAGAUGCUUGUGAUGGCAACCUGGCGUGCUCGACGUGCCAUGUGGUGCUGGAAGAGCGCGUGUUCGGCCUGCUUGACAGGCCUUCCGAUGAAGAAGAGGAUCUUUUGGGCCUUGCUCAUGGCCUUGAACGAUGCGCGCCUCAGCCAUCGGACCUCGACGCCCAACGCACCCCUGCAGCCGCUCGAUCCGCCGCCUCCUCUUGCUCGAUUCGCUCGCCUUGUCGUGACGUGAAGUCCAGCUUAGCCAUGUCAGCUGGACCGUCGGAAGCGGCAGAGGCGCAAAGCGUAGCCAGAAUGCAAGCCAUCUGGGAGCAGGACGCCGACCUCGCCAUCUGCACCACCUGCGGCAACCAGUACUCAUCGGUACAAGGCCCGCAAGAGUGCCCGGUCUGCUACGAUGAUCGCCAGUAUCCAUGCCCGACCGGCCAAGCCUACACAUCGCCAAGGAAGCUGGCUGCCAAAACCUCAUUCGAGCUUGUGCCAGAGCCAGAGGAUGAAAGGAUCAUUCGCAUCAAGCUUGAGCCUCCCGUCGCCAUCGGCCAAACCCCUUUCAUCCUCCUCACCGCUCAAGGCGUCGUAGUAUGGGACUGUUGCGGCUUCGUCUCGGUCGACUUGAUGCGCCGCAUCCAACAACAAAGCCCCACCGGCAAGGUUCUCGCCAUCUUCACAUCUCAUCCCCACUUUUUCGGCACGAGCCUCACCUGGGCCAAGCUGCUGGAUUGCAAAAUCUUCAUCUCCAAGCCAGACCGCCUUUGGUACCAGCGCGGCCUCGAGUCCGCUCGUCCACACCCAGACGUUGCGGCGCGCAAAAACUUCGUCGUCGAGGUAGAUCAAGACACUUUCACUCUGCCGCACCUGCCUUCCAUCACGCUCGUCCGCUGCGGCGGUCAUUUCCCGGGCUCCAAUGUGCUUCAUUGGGAUCGCGAUGCCGACGCUCCGCAGGAACAGGCUCGGCGCGGCGCUGCAGUGCUAUGUGCCGAUACCUUUAUGGUGAUGCCCGAUCGGAAGCGCUUUACUUUCGCCUACAGCUUCCCCAACAACAUCCCACUUCCGCCACACGAUGUCGAACACAUCUGGACGCAGAUGCGAAGCUUCAACUGGUCGGCCACCUACGGCGGCUGGCCAGGCCGUCACAUCCUGACCGACUCCCGAGCUACGCUUCUUCGCUGCGCUCGCUACUAUGUGAAGAUGGAAGGUCACUCGCCCCAAGCUUUCCAAGAGCUGCGCGAGGCUCGAGCUUGA